UUUUUUUUUAAUUUUUAGGAUAAUAGUAAAUUUAAUUUCAAUUGUAGGGCAUGAUUUGUAAAAUUGUCGAAGUAAUAUUUCAGUAACCCAUAUCUUGGACAAAAUAAGUGGUUAUAUUAUUAAUAACAUGUCAUUGCUUUGUUUCAAGAGCAGGAAGUUUACGCCAAAAAGUGCGACUGCGCACUGGCCAAAUUAGUAGUGUGAAAGAAAAUGGCGAUCAGCGAAAGGCGUCCGGAGUUAACGUGAUGAAAAACAUUGUUAAAAGCUCAAUUAAAUAGUGUUAUAGUUAUUAAUUGUGUCAGAUGUAGAUUAAUUAAGUGUUAAUGAAUAGUGAUUGUGUAUAAAAAUGGCUGCGAAUAUGUACAGAGUCGGCGACUGCGUCUAUUUCGAGACGUCGUCGACGUCUCCGUACCAGAUCCGGCGGAUAGAAGAACUAAACAAGACGUCGUCUGGCAACGUGGAGGCAAAAGUCAUGUGCUUCUACAGGCGGCGGGACCUGCCCAACCCUCUCAUACAAUUAGCUGAUAAGCAUCAAAUUGCCCAGUCCGAGGACUCACCGGUCGCUAUGAAACUCAAGAAAAUAUGCCUCAAGACGCCCAUAGGUGAAGAGCAAGCGGCGCAGGCUGUUCUAGACCCAGCGAUAGUGGCAAUGGAGGAGGAAUCUACGGAGCUGCCUGGUUCUGACGGGCUCGCGCCCAAACAGCGGCACCAGGCGAAGCAGCGCGAGCUGUUCCUGUCGCGGCACGUGGAGACCCUCCCAGCCACGCACAUCCGCGGCAAGUGUACCGUCACGCUGCUCAACGAGACGGAGUCGCUGCUCAGCUAUCUCAAUAAGGAUGACGCAUUUUUUUAUUGUUUAGUAUUUGAUCCUUCACAAAAGACUUUAUUAGCAGAUAAGGGAGAAAUCAGAGUUGGAAGUAAAUAUCAGACUGAAGUAACUAAUUUAUUAAAAGAAGGCGAGGACGACGGCCGCAGCUCGAGCUCGCUGGAGACUCUGGUGUGGACGCCGUCCCACGGCCUCUCGGACCGGCAGAUCGACCAAUUCCUGGUGGUGGCUCGGUCUGUGGGCACCUUCGCCAGGGCAUUGGACUGCAGCUCCAGUGUUAAACAGCCCUCGCUACACAUGUCCGCGGCGGCCGCCAGCAGGGACAUAACUCUUUUCCACGCCAUGGACACGCUGCACAAGUCCGGGUACAGCAUAGAGGCUGCUCUGUCGUCGCUGGUGCCGGCCUCCGGGCCUGUGCUGUGUCGCGACGAGAUGGAGGAGUGGUCGGCCUCAGAGGCCAACCUGUUCGAGGAGGCGCUCGAGAAAUACGGCAAGGACUUCGCUGAUGUACGGAAGGACUUUCUGCCGUGGAAGACACUGAAGAAUCUGGUGGAGUACUACUACAUGUGGAAGACGACGGAUCGCUACGUGCAACAGAAACGGGUGAAGGCUGUGGAGGCGGAGUCCAAGCUGAAGCAAGUGUACAUUCCCAAUUAUAACAAACCGAAUCCAGCGUUGUUGUCGAGUGGCGCGGCGGCUAUCACGAGCGCGGCGGCGGGGGGCGGAGGCCCCGGGGCGGCGGCCGGCGUCGCCAACAAGGGAGCCGUGCUGAACGGAGGAACCAACGGCACAGCGGCCGCACCCACCAUGUGCGCCUCGUGUCAAGUGACAAAUUCAAACCAGUGGUACGCCUGGGGACCACAGCAUUUACAGUACAGAUUAUGUGGAGCUUGCUGGCAGUACUGGAAAAAAUACGGAGGACUUAAGACGGCGGGAGUGUUCGGCGAGAGCGAGGCGGAGGCGGGGCGCGGGGUGCGGGCGGAGGCCGACGACACAGCACUGUCCGUGUCGCACAGACCGCACAGGUGCUCCGUGGUUAACUGCGCCAAGGAAUUUAAACUGCGCGCUCACCUGGCCCGCCACAUGGCGACUGCUCACGGCGGCGCGGGCGAGGGCGCUCGGCCCGUCAUGAAGACCCGAGCCGCCUUCUAUCUCCGCGCCUCGCCCUUCACGAGACUCGCGCGCCGCCUCGCCCGCGCCCUCCGCAGACCCAGGCACUACGCGCGCUCACCCUUCUCACCGAUCAACCUGCACCAGGUCAAACACGAGUGUACGAUAGCGAUGGCGGGCGGCGUCGGUGGUGUGGGCGGCGUGGGCGGCGUGGGCGGCGUGGUCCCGGCGGAGGUCCGAGGCGUCGCUCGUGCCCGCGGGCCCGUGGGCGCGGUAGCGGCCCGACUCGCCGCCGCUCUGGGCACGUCCGCGCCUCGAGCCCAGGACUGGCUCACCCUCACCCCGCGCGAACGUCUGCCCACACCAAACCACGUCGCCUUCCCCAAGCCGCCCAAGGCCCCAGAUGGCAGCCUCAUGUACGAGCGUGUGGUGUCCCGCGCGGAGCUGGAGGCGCGCCGCAGCGAGGCGGCCGCGCCGGCUCUCAAGCGGCGCGCCUACGACGACAUCAACGGCCUCGACAGAGGUUGUGGUGGUAGCGCGCCUCCCGCCAAGCGACCCAACAAGCAUCCGGCGCCCAUGCAACGUCCAUCACGCGAACAGUACGCGGCCAUGUGCGCGCGAGCCCAGGCCACGGGACAACCUCUGCCCGCACACGUUUUUGCACACGUGAACGGCAAACCGACGAACCUGACCGGCCGCGGCGGUCGUCGCCACGUGAUCUCGUGGAUGGACGCUCCGGACGACCUCUAUUUCAGAGCCACCGAGACCGCCAAAGCCGCCCGACGGACGCUGAGCUGCGGCGAGCUGAGACGCGGCGCCCGCGCUCCGUGGCGCGUGAUGCGCGGGGCGGUGGCCGGCGUGGUGCUGGGCGCGGCGGCGGCGGCGGGCGGCAAGGCGGGCGCCGCCUCCGCCCCGCUGCAGCUGGUGAUCCUCGACUGACAGCAGCCCGCGCCCGCCCCGCCGCACCCCUACACCAUGGAGGCGCUGCUCGGCUGAGCGCCCGCUGUAUAUUGCCGUGUACAUAGCCCCGAGCGGCCCCGACAUACGCGAAGAUUGUAUUUUUGGUAAUCGAAUCGCCGACGACGGAUUCUGUAGAUAAUAUUUUAAACUAUAUUGUUCUUAUGUGGUUCGAUCUGGCGACGAGUAAAUGAUGUAUUUGAUACAUAAAACGAUAUGUAAGUCUAUUUCAUUCGGAGAUUCAUUGUAGGAUAAUUUACAAUUUUUUUCAUAAAUAAAGCACAAAUUGGAAUA